AUGACCUUUCCCGCAGCGACUCCCGAGCCUUUCCAGGGUACCAGCACAAGAGGAGAAAGUACUCUGAUUCUACAGUCCCGGGAGACUGGACAAGUUGUUCCGGAGGGACAGCGUGACCAUGCGACUGCGGUAGCAAAGGAGGGGCCCAAGGCGAAGCCCUGGGCUCAUUUUGUCGCGGGAGGUAUUGGUGGCAUGGCUGCGGCCACUCUCACUUCUCCUCUUGACGUCCUGAAGACCCGACUGCAGUCCGAUUUCUAUCAAGCUCAACUGAGGGUUCUUCACGCUCAACACCCGCUGCCGCAUAAGCUCACCCUCACCUCCGUGCCCAGAGCAGCAUUCUUCCACAUCGCCGAGACUGUACAGAUCCUCCGAUCGAUAUACCAACACGAGGGCUUUCGGGCCUUGUUUCGAGGUCUCGGAGCAAACUUGAUCGGCGUCGUGCCUGCGCGGAGCAUCAACUUUUACGUUUACGGGAAUGGCAAGAGAAUCCUGAAUAACUAUCUGAACCCCGAGGGGCGUGAAAAUGUAUGGAGCGUCCAUCUCCUCGCGGCAGCUACGGCGGGAAUUGCAACGGGUACUGCAACGAAUCCUAUCUGGGUCGUCAAGACAAGACUACAGCUGGACAAAACCACGGCAAGUCACGAUCCUUCAAAGGGACGACAGUACAAGAAUAGUUGGGACUGCAUCAAGCAGACGGUCCGACAUGAGGGCAUUCGAGGCCUGUAUCGGGGCUUGUCAGCCUCGUACCUGGGAGUCACCGAGUCUACUCUUCAAUGGGUGUUGUAUGAGCGGAUGAAGCUGUCCCUAGCUCGAAGGGAAGCUAAGCGGCUGUCACUGCCGGGUUACCAACGAACGAUGUUCGACGAUGCGGAGGAAUUUGGAGGGAAGUUUUGCGCCGCGGCCGGUGCGAAGCUCUUCGCGGCAGUCAUUACAUACCCACACGAAGUCGUCAGGACGAGAUUACGGCAAGCCCCAACCAUCACCACGGAGACGGGCAGAGUCACGAUGAAAUACACCGGCCUGGUGCAGUGCUUCCGUCUCGUGGCCAAAGAGGAAGGGUUGGCCGGGUUGUAUGGCGGUAUGACGCCACAUUUGCUGCGAGCUGUACCUGCCGCCGCUGUGAUGAUGUCGACCUACGAGAUUUUCUUACGGCUCUUCGGGACUACUUCAUGA